CACAUUCUCUCAGAGUCUCUCGUGCCUCCCGGACGCCGAUCUCUCAGUAGCUUUUGAAUCUUUUGCUCGAAUUACGUCGAACAAGAAACUCUACACAUCAAGAUGGCCAAUCCACUGUGGUUUGUUUUCUGGCUGCUGGUCUUCUGGUUCGUCUCCUUCUUCGUGGCCUUCUUCUGCGCCUUCUUCUACAUCUGGGUAUAUGCAUUUGCCUCCUGCAUACCCGCCCUGUCGGGCAUCGCGGACAUGCUGCUCCAGGGCGUGCAGUUUCCGUUCUUCUGCGGCAAGGCCAUGUUGGAGGGAAAGCCGGCCUUUUAGAUCCAGUCUUACUUACGUAUAUGCUUACAACUAAGUGAAUAAUUUAUAACACUUGCUUUGGAAAAUCUUUACAAUUAAAUGUAAUUAAUUACUUUUUAUAAAACCGACCGACUCUCCAUGAUGAGAUUCUACAGAUGA